AUGCCAAACAUGACCGGCGCACAGGCCUUGAUACAAUCCCUGGUACGAGAGGGAGUGGAGGUCGUCUUUGGCUUGCCCGGGGUUCAAAUUAUGGAAGCCUAUAACGCCUUUUACGAUCAACCCGGCAUCCGGCUCAUAACGGUUCGCCACGAGCAGUCAGCGGGAUACAUGGCGGACGGUUAUGCCCGAACGACAGGCCGGGUGGGUGUAGCCCUGGUAGUGCCGGGCCCCGGGGCAUUGAAUGCCGCCGCCGCCAUCGGAACGGCCUUCGCCGCAUCUUCUCCGGUACUGCUGGUUUCGGGUCAGAUUGACAGUAACAGCCUGGGCCAGCGCAAGGGCGCUCUCCACGAAGUAAACGACCAACUGGACGUCUUUAAGCCCAUAACCAAGUGGAACGCCCGGACCACCAAACCGGAAGAAAUUCCUCGCCUGGUGCACAUGGCCGUGCAGCAUACUCUUGACGGCCGACCCAGGCCCGUUGAGAUAGAGAUUCCCUUUGACGUUUUGCCGGCAUCCGCAGACAUGGAAUUGCUGGAGCGAGAGGGCACUGUAAAGCAGGCCCCGGAUCCUGCCAAGGUGAAACAAGCCGCGGAGUUGCUGGCCAGGGCAGAGCGACCCUUAAUCUGGGCGGGCGGCGGAUGCAGGGAAGCUGAUAUUACUACGGAGCUGGCAGACCUUGCCGAGGCGCUAAACGCCCCGGUAAUAACUACUCCAGAAGGAAAGGGAGCCAUCGCCGAAAACCACCCACUGUCCUUGGGUACCUUCUACUAUGGGCACGGCCCCGCCUAUUAUUCUUUGCCCCAGGCCGAUGUCAUCCUGGCGAUUGGCAGCCGAAUGAACAUGAACCCCCGAACCCCCUGGUCUCUCCACUCCGGACAGACUGUUAUCCAGAUCGACGCCGACCCGGAAGAACUGGGACGGAACGUUGAGCCCCAAGUGGGCAUGGUGGCGGACGCGAAACAGGGAGUCAACGAGUUGCUUGCCGAACUUGGCGGCUCUACCAAAGCCAGUCAGUGGAACAACGGAGAGAUGGUAGAGAUUCGGCGACAGGCUGCAGAGGAUCUCCGGAGACUGGCCCCGCUCCAGGUAGAAAUCAUUGAAACAAUGCGAGAGGAACUGGCGGAUGACGCCAUAAUGGUCGCCGGGACUACCGAAGUCGCCUACUGGGGUCACCUUGCUUUCCCCGUGCUUAAGCCCCGGUCCUAUUUGACCUCCAGCUAUUUUGCCACGUUGGGCUACGCCUUUCCCACAGCACUGGGCGCCAAGGUGGGCAACCCAAACCGCCAGGUGGUGGCCACCAUAGGUGACGGUGGAUUUAUGUAUGCCAGCAGCGAACUCUCGACGGCUGUGCAGGAGGGAAUUAACGUCGUAACGCUGGUUUUUAACAAUGGCUUGCUGGGAGCCUCCAGGGCGGACCAGAUGAAUCGCUACCAGGGGCGCACGAUCGGCACGGAACUGCACAAUCCCGACUUCGCUCAAUUGGCCCAGGUUUACGGCGCGCUAGGACUGAAGCUGGACGACCGCCGUGAAUUAGGUCCGGCCCUGCAUGAUGCGCUGCGGGCCAACAGCGCAGGCGGUUCGGUCAUUAUUGAGAUGGGUGGUAAUUGA